AUGACGAUGAUGAUGACUUCAACAACAACGAUAUCUUCUUCUUCUUCUUCUAUCCAUCAUCAUUUUUCGGGAAGGAGUUGUACGACGCUAUCGAAGAAUGAGUUACGACGCAGCACAAACAUCACCAAAACAAACAAAAUAAGAAACAAAAUCAAAGCAGCGGCUGCGGAACCGCCGGUGCUGCCGUACAGAGUCGGACACGGGUUUGAUUUGCACCGCUUGGAAUCCACUGCGGAAUUCCCAGAGUUGAAGUUGAUAUUAGGCGGCAUCGAAGUGCCGCACGAUCGCGGGUGCGUCGCGCACUCGGAUGGGGACGUUUUGUUGCACUGCGUGGUAGAUGCCAUCACUGGCGCGCUUGGUUUGCCGGAUAUUGGCCAGUUGUUCCCGGAUAACGAUCCGAAAUGGAAAGGCCAAACGUCGGACGUGUUUAUUUACGAAGCCAUUCGAUUGAUGAAAGAAGCCGGGUACGAGUUGGGGAACAUUGAUUGCACAUUAAUCGCGCAAAGACCGAAGAUUUCGCCGCACAAAGAAAAGAUUAAGAAAAACUUGGCGAAGUUGUUGGACGUGCACGAAUCCGUGGUGAAUGUCAAAGCGAAGACGCACGAAAAGGUGGACUCUUUGGGAGAAAAUAGAAGCAUCGCGUGCCAUACUGUUGUGAUGUUGAUAAAAGCGUAA